UUCUUGUAACGCACCGUUACAAGCCUGACAUGGAUUCGGCAUGUAAUGGAGAAUCCUUCAAAGAUUGAGCGCUUAUAAUGGCUAUACGAUCAUCCAUGAUCGUUCAGCUUGCUCGUGGAGUCUUGAAGAAUAUAACUUCAUAAAAUUUGAGCCUAUUUAUAUGAGGCAAAGUUCCUUUCUUUGGAGAAUUUAUCAUAUCAUAUCAUAUCAUUCAAGCAUGUUUCAUCUAUUUACGCCUCCGAACCGGCGGUUAAGCUUCUGUUUAUCCAUUUGAUUCAAAUCGAUUCGCCGUAAAGCAAACAAGACAUUUGGAGUUUGGAACAUCCCUAUCCUCCAAGAAUUUUCGGCAAGCAAACAUAUUGAAGGAACCGCACGCGCAUAUUGAUUUAAAUAAAGUGCUAUUGAUCAACCAAAUGUAGGUCAUGUAAAAUGUGGGACAAGGUGCCCGGUUUGAAAUGAAUCAGCCAAAUUUGAUAGCUUCUAUCACUUCCGAGCAAAAGACUAUCGAGCCCGUGAUAAAGAGCCCCUAAUCUGCUAAUCGAUAUGUAUUUCCAGAAGCUCCAGAUAUUCUUUCAGGGGCUCGUUCUGUGACGAAUUUACAUCCCCCCCCCCCCCUCUGAGAACACUAAGGAAUGACUCCUCAAAAUGCUAGUCGAACGAACGCCGUUACGAAAAUGGUUCAAAAAUCGAUUCUGAUGCUCUCUCGUUAUGAUUCAUGUGGGUGUUGUGCUCGCGUGUUUCUGUGCUGCUGUUAUUGUUGGGGCCCUCUAACGCCGAGCUUAAGACACGGUAAGCAACAGAAACGAAGAAUGGACGGAAACGAGGAGACCGUGCAAAAGGUGCGUCUUCAUCGUGCAUAAUACGCGACCCACCGAAUCCAGCGAAUGGUACGAACAAAAAAAGGCGGGAUUCCACGGUCGCCGCCGUACGCUCGGCUACUACUUCGCAUUCUUGAUUUUGCCGCGAAUUAUAAAAGAAGAUCAUCUGGGCGCGAAACAAGUUAGUCCAUCGUAGAACGUGUUUCGCGACGUGUCUCGGCGUUCUGGCGGUGUUCGGGUGGCUACAGAACUCGUUGUUGUGUGUUCGGGGAGAUUGAUGAUUCGCAGGUAAUAAUGUGCGAUCAUCUCGGGCUGGCGUGAUUAAGGUGGAUUAAUCGAGCGAAAGAUAUACACACAAACCGUGAUCGUGGUCGUUGAUCUCAAACCUGCUCGCGAGGAUCUGUAGUGUGAGCCAUGGGGCAGUGUAAAAAAUCGGUUAUUGCUGCGAGCGUGAUCGCGGUGGUGGUUGGGAUUUUGUGUGGAAAAACAACGGUCCAUGCUCAGUUCUACAGUUUAAGCUUUGGCACGGAUGAAAGCUACAACACGGCGCCGGUUGUACAGCAGACGGCCCCGGCCGGACCCGCCCAGCAGGAGAUCCGCCAAAAGGUGACCCCACUCGAGGCGAUGAUCGACAAGACGAAUCAUCUUGGGUUUCGCGUGCUUCAUCAGCAUUCGAAGGGGAAUCGCAACAAUAUAGCGUUUUCACCGUGUGCCUUGGCAAGCAUUCUGGUGGCGCUGUAUGAAGGAUCGGCCGGUCAGAGUGCGGCCGAACUGCACGAACAGCUGGUCGUGCCGUACGAUAAGGAUGUGCUGCGGGUCGGAUACCGGGACAUCCAUCGCAGGCUGCGAAGUUAUUUCUACCAAAGGGAAAACUUGCUGAAUGGACUCAGCUUGAGUAGUGAAAAUAUUACGAUAAGGCCAGAGUACGAAUCGGUGCUUAAGUUUUAUGGAUACGAUUUGGACAACAUACCCGAGAUGCGAAUGUCUACCACUACAACACCAAUGCCCGCAACCACGACUGAAUUCGAACAGGAAGAAACGACGACCGAUGCCACUACUGAUGUGGGAAACUCUACCGAUUCGAUCGAUACUUCCACAACGAUGCCAUUGCCCGACGAGACAACCACAGCAACGGACGAUGUAACCACGACGGAAGCAUCAUCGAGCACAGAAGAAAGUGUCGACGCGGAUAGCACGGGCACCACCAUUCCGAUCGAACCAACGGAAGCAUCUACAACCGAGCCAGAAACGACGGAGGAACCCACAACCGUGGAAGGGGACGAACCGACGGAAGAAACGGGCGGUGGUGAAAAGCGUCGACGAAAUCUUCGCAAACGUGGUCAACGCCUACUACAUCGCCGCAAUCCGAACUCACCGCAACGCAGACGAUCGCUGCGCCUAAAGCGUCAACCGGAGGAGAUCGACAUCGUAAGCCACCAGCGCUUUUUGCAGAACUUUUUACUGCAAGACGUAACGACCGGUGCACCGCCGAUGCUGGCGACGGCCGGCUUUCUAUCGCCCGGAGUAGCCGACAGUACGGUACGGAAGAAUCCGUUCCUUCAGCAGCCGGAUGCCGAUUACCGGCUGCUGGACGACACGAUCGAGCACAACUUCUACCUCACGGCAGCGGAUAUCGUGAAGGUACCGUACAAGGUGUACAACACGAUCCUGAAGUACGCGUACAUCGAGCGGCUCCAGUCGACCGUUCUCGAGCUGGAGCUGGAUUCGGACGAUUACAAGCUGCUGCUCAUACUGCCGGACUACGAGUUCGGGCUGGGCAAUGUGAUGAAGCUGCUGCAGAUCGGCGUAAAUGUGCCGAGCCUGCGCGAGGUGACGGACCAGAUGAGUCCGACCUGGGUGAAGACGAUCGUGCCGAAGUUUAGUCUGAAGGGAAACAUCAUUCUAACGAGCGAUCUGCAAAACUUGGGCGUGAACGAUAUCUUUGAACCGUCCCGGGCCGACUUCUCCCUCAUGACCGAAGAUCCAACCGUGUACGCGAAGCACAUCGAACAAUCGAUCAACGUGAACAUCCGGACGCAUUCGCUGCAGCAGCUAAAGCGGUUUACGUCGCUCUACAAGAACCCGGUCGAGCUUGCCGUCAACUAUCCGUUUCUGUUCUGCAUCCUAGACAACGAGCUCGAUCUGGCCCUAAUGGUCGGCAGAAUACUUAAUCCACUGAACGCACGUAUACACUAAGGAAAGGUUUUUGUUGUCCGGCGCCACUCGCUGGGUCGCCGAAUUUUCUAAUAAAGCACCAAGCGUUAACCUGUACCGU